AUGUCUCUGGUUCCAGCUCGAGAUCGUUCUCAACGAGACAUGGGCAACCGGGAGCGGCCCGAAAUGCUUGUACCACAACGCAGCAAUAGUAGCACGGAAAUGCAGCAACAACGGAAGAUGCUUCCGGCAUAUCGGCAGCGAGAAGAUGUACUUCGUGCUAUCAAUGAUCACAAAGUUGUGUUGAUCACGGGUGGCACUGGUUGUGGAAAGACAACGCAGGUGCCACAAUUCUUGCUGGAGCAUGCAUCGGAGAAUAAUCAGCCACUGCGAAUUGUAUGUACUCAACCGCGUCGGCUACCAGCAAUCGCUGUGGCAAAUCGUGUUGCUAGAGAGCGUGGAGAAAGCCUUGGUUCCACUGUCGGCUAUCACAUUCGCCUAGAGCAGAGAACUUCGCCUCAAACUGUCCUCACGUACUGUACAAGUGGUGUUCUGCUGAGAAUGCUAACGCAAGAUGAUGCAGCGCGUGAUAUAUCCCACAUCAUUCUGGAUGAGAUACAUGAGCGGGAACAAAAUACCGAUUACUUGUUGAUAGCGCUGAAACAGGCCUUGAAAAAGCGGAACGAUUUGAAG